AUGCGAUGGAAGCUCAAUCAUCUUAAAUUGAGGGGCCUCCACAAAGCAGUCGUGUUUUAUCGCACGUCCUCUUGGAGUAUCCGCAAUGACGUCACGAAGUUGAAUUGCGUGACGCGUUAUUCUGUACUCACCGGUGGCUGCCGCGAAGAACUACGAUAUAGGGAUUGUUAUCGUUCCAGUUUUUUAAACCAGCAGAAACCUUUUUCUUCGGUAAGUGAAACACUUCGUCUACUCAGUAAGUUACCUUUAUCCCAUAGGCCUUAAUUUCCGUCUCAGGUCAUUUAACAUGUACAACUGGUUACUAAAUUAUAUACAUUGGGUCGCCGAACCCGGCCGCGCACGAGGCCACUGUUGUAUUCGAUUUUGCAUGUUUUUAGAACCCACAGAAUAUCCUGUCACUUAUCUGUAUGUCAUGGAAAAUGUAUAUUAUUUUCUGGUACUUCGAUCUGUAGAAUGCCAAUGUUUACUUUUUUUUUUUGUCUGCGUGUAAGUUAGCUAUGUAGAGUGAAUGGCUUUUCCGCCAUUUUUUUAUUGUUGACAUAUUAAGGCACACGGUUAACGACUAAAUCUGGUGAAGUUGGCAGUGUAUUCUGCCCUACGAAGGUAUUUACUUCGACCAUUCUUACGGGAUCAUAGCUAGGGUACCAGUUCUUGAUCUAAACGUUGUGCAAUCGAUGCCAUGACGACCUUCUGCACAUGUCAUCUACUUGCCCCAGGGGAAUAUGGGGUGGUUUAGAUUCUCUGCAACAGGGGAGUGGAAAAUAUAUUCAUUGUUUUAUAGAGUUCAGACGAAACAGGUGUGGAAAUUUGCAAUUUUGUUAACACCGUGGAUGGCACCCACGGGGUGGUGGGGAAGGGGGUUCAUUGGGCUUGGUUCCUCAAAUCUAGCUGGCAGGAUCACAAUGCUUAAGACCUUUUUGGCAUACAGUGUAGCAAGCUGCAAAGGAUUUUUACCCAUCUGUUUUCAAUUUUAUAGGGAAUUUAUUUCAUCGGCAGGCAAGACCCUAACUAUUCCUGUUUAUCGGGUUCAUGCAUGGUGAUUGGUUGAGGUCAAACACAAAACAAAAUUGACUUGACCUAGAGAUACUGGAAAUGAGUAGAAGUUGAACAAUUUUUUGAUGGCAGGCAUUUGUGGCAGGGGCGCCCAACAACAGUUCCCUCCUACGUACAUUGAAAACACUUUUUAGGCUAUCCAGAGUACUUUUAGAUCUCUAGAAAUACAUUCUAAGCGGCACUAUAAAAUUUGUAUCUGUUCGGUCAUCCUAGGGCAACUUGAAUCUGUUCAAAAUUAUUAGGGUUACAGUAGUAUUUUCCCGAAAAUUUUACAUGCAAUUUAAUGUUUUACGAAAAGGAGAAUUUUCUAAUUUCUCUCUUCAUCACCUUUUUGAAUCCAAUAAUUUUAGGUUUCCUUUUUACUGUGAAAAUAGCCUAACCUGGGGAGUAAAAAAAAUAUAAAAAAAAAAUAAAACUUCUGUGAAUCGUACAUGGCAGAUUUAUUGGUAAAGCUUCGAAAAUUGUACAUAAAUGGAACAGUCAUCUAGAAAUGUUUAGCUGUCCUCAAGUUAUAGAAAAUUCUAGGCAAUAUUAAAUUUUGCUUAGAAACUCCGAACAGACAUUUUAAAGGAAACAGUUGUUGAGUGCUCCUGUUUGUGGCAAAUGGCCAAAACAAAAUUCAGUAAUAAAUAAUGCAUGGCAAGACAGCAAAAAAAUAAAAUUAUUCAUUUAUUUGAAACAUUCAGCAUACAAGUCUUGACAUUCCUAAACUCUGAAAGAGUGAACCGGAUUCUGUCCAGUAAAAAUUCAUUAUUUGAAUGUCCUGGUUUCAAUCUACCCAGAGAGCCAAAGAAAAUGCUUAUUGCAUCGCACCAGAGAUCAAAUCCGGGACAUCAAAACCUGUAUUUAAAGAAAUAUAAACUCCAAACUCCAGGGUUAAGAAUCCCAACUGGCUAGGGGUAACCAGCUAACUAUUUACAAGCAUGGCCAAGGAAUUGAACUUGGGGCUACCGUGAACAAAUCCAACUGGCGGUCAGAGUGAGACUUGAGCUCAGGGCCUACGAGUUGCAAGUCCAGUGCUCUAACCACCAUUGGCCAUACUGCCUCCUAGCAUCAUGACUUUGUUUCUUAAUCAGCUCUUGAAAACAACCCUACGUGAGCCUGUCAACAUCUGUGAGCAAACAGUGUGAAAAUGGCAGGGAUUGAAACACCUGAUGAAUGAUUUUGCCAUGGCAUUGAAUCACAUAUACCUGUCUCCAAGCUCAAGGUUGCUUGUUAGUUAGUAAUUAGAAAUGAUGCAAGCAUUUGUGCAUUGAUCCCUGGAAACUUUCCAGGUGAGAUAAAAAUACUGCAUUUUGCCACUAAGAACAAUUAUUCGAUAAAAAAUAUCAUAUAAAAAAGCACUAAGAACUUGAAGCGUAAAUUUUGUUAUUAACAUCAAAACAUCGAGUUUCUGUUUACCUUUCCAGCAGUUGUUAAAAACAUAAGUAGGCCUUAAAUCACAAUAAUAUUAUUAUUAUCUCACUCAUGAUUACACUGCUGAUAUAGAAAGGGGGAAAAUGUAUUAAUAGUAAAUUGAAGACCUCUGAAACAAAUGCCACUUUGAUCUAUCGGAUAAUAUAGGGGGUACCAAAAAAUUGAAAAGCAUGUGCUGAUGCUGAAUUUUUACAGAUUUGUAACAUUUUGAGGCAAUACAAAGGGGUCUAUUGAUAUCUGGCAAGUUAGAAUAGGCAAUUUUUUGUCACUGCCACAGCGAUGUUAACAAACGUAAGAGACUUUGCCCGAUGUUCCUAAGGUAAAAACAAAUCAGCAGUUAUCAUUGUUUGCUAUUUUUUGUCCUUAUAAUGCACUUUAUAGUCAAGUGUACAAAUGUGAUUGAAUCCUUGCAUGUUAUAAAAAUAUGUAAAUUAAGAUCAAUGAUCAAUACUUUAUUAAAAAUUACACUGAGGCCCACUGCUAAUUUAUAUCUAAUUUUUUAUAACUACAUAAAAAUAGAGAUGUAGCAUAAAUUUAGUUGCAGACCUAAAUCAAAACUGUUCUUUUCUCUUUGGAAGUAUUUAAUAAGUAUAUACAUGUAAGGUUAAUUUUUACUCAGUGCUACAAACGAAUUCCUCCAGUGUAAAUACUGACUGGGAAGGAAGCAGUUUUUGUUUCACUAACAUUUGUUUGCUUGAGUCAUUAUUAUUGCUCAGCCCCAGCAGCUUCUGUGCUCUAAAAUACUGUUGACGAUAAAUAAAGGAAAUUUAUUGAUAAUGAUAAUCAAAAACAACCACAACAAAAAAAACGUUUAAAUUAUAGGAUGUAGCCAAGCUAAAUUAUUCAUGACCAAGCAGUUUUCCCCACCAGUGAUACAUGACUGAUUGAAUAAUUUAUAUGGUUUUCUUAAAUUUUACAAAUAAAAAAUAAAAUAAAAAAUUUUAAACCUCAUUUAACUCUUCAGGGUAGUUGUAGUGGUUGUUGUCUGUUUUUCAUAGGUUGAAAUCUUGCAAAACAUAAGUUCAUAGCACAGAACAAUCUCUUACCCAGGGUUCUCUCCUACCUCGGGUUGGAGAGUGAGGCUGGGAACGAGGUUGAGCACAGAAUUGCUCAAAGUACAAAAUGACUCUUUUGGCUUACUUUUGACUACUUUGACCAAAAGUAUUUUAACCCAAUGAUCAUUUUGACUGAACUGCACAUUUCAUUUGGACAUAUGCACAGUCUCAUAACAUGUAGGUUACAAAAAGUCAAUGGUUCAUUUGUACUAAAUCAAUCAGAUUGAAUGGAGCAGGAAAAUGGUCAGGCUUAUAACUAUAGUGAUAGGUAAUUACCUAUUAAUUUUUACGUUCUGCUAACCAUUACUUGUAUUUUGCACUAAUGUACAUGUUGUAGUUAAUUUUUUAUCUCAGGUAAUUUUUAUUUUUCUUUUGUUUUGGGGUAUGGUAAUGUAUGCUAAUGAAGUUGAAACAAAGGAAAAAUAAAAAUUACCUGAGAUAAAAAAUUAACUGCAACAUACAUUUAGAAUCCCGUACUUUAUUUCUUUGUGCUUGCUCACUGGAGCGGAAUGUGGAAAUGGUACCCUUUUUGACAAAAUAAUAAUUAUUGUCACAAUGUGUGCUUUUUUUGUCUUUUUUAAUGGAACUUAUUUUGUUAUUGUUUACAGGAAAUGAGUUCAGGGGACACCAUCAAGCUGUUGAUUUGUGGAAGUGGAAAUGGGGCACAUGCCUUUGCUGGAAUUGCAUCGUCCUUGAAAGGAACAGAGGUUAGGGUGCUUAGCUUGUAUCAAGAUGAGGCAGAGCGUUGGAAUACUUCAAUGCAGAAAAAGGAUCUGGAGGUUACUCUGCAUCGUAAAGGAAAGGACACAACCUCUAUUCUCUCCAAACCAGCUCUGGUUACCAAAAAUCCAGAAGAUGCCAUGCGCGAUGUUGAUAUCGUGGUGUUUGUCUUGCCUGCAUUUGCUCAUCAAGUUUUCUUUGAGGCGAUAAAGCCACAUACGAGGCCUGGUACUAUUAUUGUUGGUAUGCCAGGGGAACCAGGUUUUGAGUUCCAGGCUCGCUAUGAGCUGGGUGACACAGGGCGACAAUGUACGAUUAUGAAUUUCGAGUCGCUACCUUGGGCCUGUCGCAUCACUGAGUAUGGAGUGAAAUGUGAAGUUCUUGGCACCAAAGAAUCUCUUUUAGGGGCCAUGAAGGUACAUUACGGAUAAAGAUAACUUUGUUGUCAUUUAAAACCAAGGGAAAUUAUGGAAUUCGUGAUCAAUAGUGGUUAGGCUCUUAUGUAAAACUGUACAUGUAGUGUUUUUUUUGUUUGUUUGUUUGUUUGUUUGUUUUGUUUGUUCGUUUGUUUGUUUUCUAACAGCGAAACUAAUUUCCAUCUCAGUUGCCUUCCCGUGGAUCCAGCUUAAUUCCGUAAAUUAAUUGUCUAACCUGAAAAAAUUGGUCUGUUCUCACUAUACAAUACUUAUCAAAAGUUAAAUGUAUAAAUUGCAAAAGCUUAUUACGCUAUUAAAAGCAUAUGCAUAAUAUUAUGCUUGAAUAACUGAACAUCAAUACGCAAUCACGCAUACACAGUAUAAAACGUCAGUUAACUUUUUAUUAUUUUCAUUUUUGAUUUUUGGCUGUCUGUAAAGACGGGGGAUGUGCCGCCAAAGAAGGACCCAGUUGCGACACUGCAGAGUCUCUUAGGACCCCUUCCUCAGCUGAAAGUGUCAGGUCAUUUACUUGGUGUUCAGCUAAUGAGUGUAAAUGCCUAUUUGCACACGUCAAUAACAUAUGGACAGUGGGAGGGUUGGGAUGGCAAAACUGUUGAUCAGCCACCUUUGUUCUACAAUGGACUUACCGAGGCAGCUGCUAACCUUCUUUCCGAUAUGUCUGAUGAAAUUGUGAAGACUGCCAAGGUUAUUGCCGAGAAAUCGGGAGCCGACAUGUCAGAGGUAAAUUUUUACUUUGUUUCUCCUUUAUCGUUGAUUCCUUUGAGGGUAUCGUUUUUCGGAUAUGAUGGAUAAGGCCACCUUGUAGCUCAUCAACUAAAUUAGUGGUGGAAAGUAGAAUAAAGAUCAGUUUAAUGUCAAGGGCUUUACACUUAGCCUAGUCUGGGACACUGGCCUCGCUUUGAAACAGAGGCUUGGGGCAACUGAGAAAUGGUCUAUUCUACGUUUUUUAUUUGUGAAUAUGUAAGUCGUUUACAAAUAUAUAUAUAGACUAGUAAUAACCAGAGGUUACGGAGUGCGGGCGACAACGACCUAAAUUCAAACGCAUUUGCUCCAACGCAGUGAGUGCUUUGCGUAGGUUUCUUGUGACAUAUAGUCAAGACACGCGUGAUCAGAUUACGAGGGGUAGGAGGUCGAAACGCGCGUGAUCAAACUGCGUUCUGUGCAUUCCAUGCAUUCUUAGUGUAAGUCUAAACAAAUGUUGGCUGCAUACAUACGACACGUGCUUAAUAACAACCUGCAGAUUAGGAUUGCGGGCUCCUCUUGUCGCCCGCACAAAUCAGUUCAAGGACACUACCUUGUGGUACUUCUCCCUUCACCUGUUGCAGGUCUAACAAAAUCAGUCAUUUUUGUUUCUUCAGAGUAGGACAAAAACCCGUGACUUUUACUGAACGUAAAUCGUAUCGCAGUGGGUACGAGUCACGCCACGCACUGUUAGGUAGCCAGUGCUCAAUGUAGGAAAAAAAAGAAUCCAAACAAAGCUAAAUUCAUAGCUAUAUAUUGAUUCCUUACCUUAAGCUAUCUAUGUCUUAUGAUUUUCUGCUUAUCUCUCUUUGUCUUUAAUAUCACAUUUCUAAAUCCCACCUCCUCCGUAAUUGAAUGUUUCCUGCUCAAAUAUUAUGGGCUGAUGCAGGUACGUUAUAUCUUCGGACAGGUUGUUAACAUUUACUAUUGGUACAUGCGAUGCUAUCCAGAAGAUAUCUCAGAUAAGACCAAUCUCUACACUGCAAUACAGACCAAUGCCGCGUACCAAGGACUCAAACAUCCUGUCAAGAAGUCGGACGACGGCAAAUAUCUACCAGAUUUCACGUACCGUUACAUGACGGAGGAUAUCCCAUACGGCUUGGUUGUCAUCCGGGGUAUUGCAGAAAUUGUGGGGGUUGAGACGCCCAAUAUUGAUAAGGUGUUGCUGUGGUCUCAGGAGAAAAUGGGCAAAGAGUAUCUGGUAAACUCAAAGAUACAAGGCAAAGAUGUCGAGAAGUCCCGAGCGCCACAGAGAUACAAAUUUACCACUCUUGAAUCCAUCUUAUAG